AAUUAUUUGGUCGGAAAGCUGGUCCUUUGGUCUAGCACUUUCGAAUAUACUGCUUAAUCGGUUAAUCCCUGUACAAUUUCUAUGGCAUCACGCUCUGCUACGUACAAUUAUGGGGCGUGAUGGCGCGGCCUUCAGAAUCUUUCAAUAUCCUUAUGAAGGAUGCAAGCUGACCGUUCUCUACAGUCUACCAGCGCAGUUUCGCCGCCUGAAACCCGGAUUUCGCGAUUUGUCUGUUGCCGCCCAAAUAUUUGUUUGAACAGGGCCUCCUUCGAUGGAAUAAUUCUAGCCAAUUACCUUCAGCAAAUCUUUAACUUUUCAUCUGAUGCUAGUCAGAACGCUGUUUGUUCUGAUCUUGCUGGUAAUUUCACAUCCUGUUGGCGCUCGCUGCCGUCGGCGACUAGAAGCAUGAUCGCCUCGGUAUUACUUCCCCUCUAUGUCUAUCCCUCCACGGGUGCGUGGGAUCCAUUGUAUCAAAUGGCAUCAUCCUACCCACGCGUGCAGUUCACGGCAAUCGUCAAUCCCUACAGCGGGCCGGGUGACAGCGCGCUGCCGAACGAGAACUACACGCAAGCCAUUCAUACAUUAAAUGCGUUGGGCAAUGUCCGUACUAUCGGUUAUGUGGCUACCACGUGGUGCACAAAGAAUGCGAGCUCGGUACUGGAUGAAGUAGCAGUGUACGCCGGAUGGGGAGCCCAAGACCCUCAAUUAGCCAUGAGUGGUAUCUUCUUCGAUGAGACUCCCACACAUUACACUCCCGAAUACGCUUCAUAUUUACAAACUAUUUCACAAGCCGUCCACAACAACCGCGGCUUAAAGGAUGGCUACGUAGUCGGUGGGUCCCGAUAUAUGGCUCCCCUCACUAUAUCGCCCACCGUUUUUCCAGAGUACUGCAUGUCCGCUGCUGGUGAAUCCAGAAACUGGGGCACCUGAUAUCGGCAGUUGCAAGCGUCAAGGCUGACGGUGCGUCGCAGUCCACAAUCCGGGCGCUCUCCCUGAGGCACAAUACUUUAGUGAUCCAAACUUAGUCGGAGCCG